AUGCCGGUGCGCAAAAACGAUGCGAAGCGCGUUCACGCUCCGCGCCCGGUAAAAUUGAAAAAGGGCUUGUCCAGUAAGCCCAUUGCGACACUCGGUAACGGGGAAGCACAGCAACACGAGAAGCUCAGCCUGUUCGCUGUAGAACCUCUUCAACGAAGCGAUCUUGUGAAGUGCACGGGAUACAAAAAAGCCGUGACGACGCUCUACCAUGCCACCAGUGAAAAAAGUGCAGCGAGCAUUGUUCAACAGCAACGGCUCUUCGGCGGAACGCAAGGCAGUCUCGGGGGCGGUAUUUACCUUUGCAAAUCGCCUGUCGAGGCGAGGAUGCGACAACGCGCUGUCGGCCAGGCUAAAGAUGCCGUGGUCUUGGAAUGCACGGUGAAAACUGGCAAUGUGGCGGUUGUGCGAUCGGGCAAAAAGGUGGACGUGGCGAAGUUGAAAGCGUUCGGGUGCAGCACCGCUAAGGAGGAGGGAAAAGAUGUGUGGAUGGUGCCCAGUUCUAGUUGGAAUAAGAUAAACGCAAAUCCACCGCUAUCACGAUGA